AUGAAAAUGUUGACCUCUUUUCGCAUCUUAAGCCUUGCUUGGUUUGCUGUAAGUGUUCUCGGCCAAGAAUGCGUAGAUGUGACUCUUGAUUGUAAUCAGCCUGUACCUACAAUUUAUAAACUGGGCGAUGCCUCAUGCGCCUGUAAUAGGCCAGAGCAUGCUGGAGCAUUGAAGUACGACAGCGGUAAAGUUCAUGUGUGUUUGGGCAGCGAAUGGAAAGCUUUACAGUUUGAGGAAAGCUACGGCUCAGAAACUAACCCUGGAUAUUCUUGCAAGGAUAUUUUGAACAAAGCCGGAACACAGCUUAAUGACGGCGUCUACUGGAUUCGUCUACCAGGUACGUAUGAAAAUAGUGUCGACUUUAUCAAAGAGGCGGUGUCACGAAAUUUAUCAAAAUUCAAACGUUGGGAGCUGCCACCAAACUAAGUGAAAGAUAAAAAAAAAUGUCGCUUAAAACGCAACAAGGUGUGAAAAACACAGCUAAUACAAUUGCAAAAGGAAGCGCGGAUGGUCAAAUGUGAAGACGGCUGAAACGGAGUGCAAUUGUGGGUUUUGAAAACUUGUUAGCCUAACAGUUUUUUAAAAUUCAUUUUUUUUAUUUGUAACGUUUAAAAUCAUGCUUGGGAGGCAUAUUUGUACAGAGAAGAAGCGGUGAUUUUGUACUUUCCAAGCCGUAUCAUUUUUCGAUCUUCAUAGCGAAAAACGGCGUGUAAUUGCUCUCAUCAAAAGGAACAAGCCAGCCGUUACACAGCCCUGCCUUUUAACAUUCUGUCAUAUCAACAGAGUUUAUAAAAUGAAGCUUUGUGUUUCUGCGUUAUGAUAAUUAAAAGGAAUUUUUCUUUUUUCUUUUAUCAGGAGUAAGUUUGCGGGAAGCCUUUCCAGUUUACUGCGACAUGGUUGCUGGAGGUUUGUGAAAAUCUUUGUGUCAUCACUAGAAGCCUAUAUUUUUUGAGAAUUCUUGAAAUAUCUUAUUUAACGGGUUGGACGAAUUACACCAUUUUAUAGUUUGGUAUUCAAUUUAUUGUUAGCUCUUAAUUAAAUUCAUUUAUUUACAUCGAGUCAAGUUAAAUUUGUAAUUUAUAUUUAAGAUAUAUUUACUAUUCAGUUUACUGAGUAUGUAUUUUUUAAUUUAAUGUUCACUUACACUUUGCAUAUAAAGCAUGCAUCUUAGUUUUGUUGUAAAUUUAAAUAGAGGGUCAUCGACAAAUUGAAUAGUUUUUGUCAGUUUUUGUAGCUUUUUCAUGCAAUCCUCUUUAAAUGAAGUGUAUUAUUAUUAUUGUUAUUGUUAUUAUUACUAUUAUUUAUUAAUUAAACUCAGUUUUGCCUGUCAACCGGAAAAAUUCCCUUGGAGUGGGUUACAGCUAGUAACAAGAGCCAUUCACCAAGGGUAACAAGGGUCUGGUCACCUCUCAACUCUCAAGAACUCUUCGUUGUAUUCUUGCAGUUCGUAAUAACGGAAUGCGGUCGUCUGCACCUGCCCUGGUCUUACCCUUUUACUAAUGUUCUGAAGCGACUUAUUCAGACCUUGAGGGAUUACUCCCAAACCUCCUACAGCAACCGGUAUAUGGUGCACCUCCACUUUUCGCAUAGCCCACAUCGGAGAUCGUGAGAUUUGAUUAAAAAGAGUGGUCAGAAAACAAAAAAAAAAUUCAGUAAGUGCGUGACUCCCUUUGCAAACGAUCAUAUGGGACCUAAAAAAAAUUCUCAAUAGUUUCUACACAAAUAUAUCAAAAACUUUAUAUCACCCCACGUAAUGCAUAAUUCCGAUUCUGGAAUCCGGGAAAUAUUUGCUUGUGGAAUCCGAAAUCCUUGGAUGCGGAAUACAGCUCAAGGAAUCCGGACUCCAUGGCGUGGAAUCCAGAAUCCAAGACUGUCUUUGGGGCGACUUAGUAUAAACGGCAACGGUACUCUUGCGCCAUUUGCAAUUAAAUUCACGGUUUGUGUGAUGUAAUCAUUUAUCAGGUUGGACCUUGGUAUUCAAAAUUGUCAGCGGUGUUAACAAGAAAGUAUGGGACCUGUACAACUCGGACUUAACGUCUGCUGAAUUCGUAACCGCAGCACUUGACGUUACAAAACAGUACCCGGAUCACUACAAGAACCGCGUGAUAAUGAACUGGAGUAGUUUCAAUGCAUCGCAGGUUAGUAGAGAAAGUUUUAGAGAACACAGAGGCCCAGAAGUAAUUGCAAUAAAAUACCACAGCAGAAGCAUAGAGUAGCCAGGUACUAUGCAAUGAACACACUAUACAGGGGCGUAGCCAGCCUUUUUUUGCUUUUAAGUCCUAGUCAUAUUGAAGUCCUUGUUGGCUGUUCCCGUCAUUCAGUGUAUUUUAAACCAAAGGAAAAAAACUAGAGCAAAAACAAAGAGGAGAUAACAGUUUGCUAAACAGUAUUUAAGAGCUGAGAUAGCUUGAGACCGUCCAAAAGUACGAAUUUUUAACCUAAAUGAUUGGAGUGAACAUAGGGGAUCUCUACAACGAAUCUACUUGAAAACCAAGAUGGCUCUCACCGACAGAUUUUCCUAGUGAAGUAUAUGCCAGUUUUGAAUGCCCAUCGCGGCGACAGACAUUGAGUUGCAGUUUCACGACUUUCACGACCUUUUAUCUCGUGAUUUUAACCAAAAUUCCUGUUAAUCCCUGGCUUAAUGGCCGCUACGCCACUGGUAUAGGAUAUAUUUCGUUCUCUUUUCACCUUUACUGCACCACCCGGGGGAAGUUGUACUUGGGUUAACGUUUGCUGGGCAUGUGCCGCUGGCUUCUCAGAGCCCCUACCCCAUUAUAGUCUAUUUUUUGGCCUAUUAUAUACAGCAUCUUAGUCACUUUUUGGAAAAUGUAAUUUUCGCGAUCCCAACUUAGUCACUUUCUAUACAUCUACCUUAUCAAUGUGCUUUCAAGCAGCGGAAUGUAAUGCGGCCAAUAUAAUGCGAGCUUAUUGUUAAAUUUAAACAACAACUUUCUGAUUUUUUUUUUAACCGAGAGUCUUCCCAUUUUGAAUCCCUACUUACCCCAAAAAUCCGAAAAUUUGCGACCCCAUUCUAGAAACUCUAUUGAAAAUGCGACCCCAUUAUAGUCAGUCCAGUCGUGAAAAUGCGACCCCAUCCAGCGGCACAUCCCCAUUAGCCUCUUGUAAGAGAGUAUCCCCUCCUCCCCCCGGGCCGCACCAUUUAUUGUGGUUCCGUUGGGCGGGAUGCUCAUGGAAUUUUUUUUCGCAUGGGUAUUGCAAUUUUAAAACUAAUCAGGACGGAAAUAGUGACUCAAAAGGGAAUAGCAAAAAUAGAGCUAGGCUCCGUUUCGUGGGUUCAAACGAAAAGAACGUUAGUGACUACAGUUUGCGAUAAAUGGUGCAACGAAUGUUAAUUUUGUAUUUUUUUGACUUUAACUUCGGGUCAGAAUUGAUUAAAACGCAAGCCUCGGUUGGUCUUCGGACGUCUUGGAUUUUCAUAUGUUAAGUAAAUGAGAAGGAGUAGAGUGUUUUAAACAUUAAUUAGCAUGCAUAGUCUUUUUUUCCAUUGCAUAUCGGGAAUACCGUAAAAUUCCGAGAAUAAGCCCUGGGGCUUAUAUUUUUCAAAGGCCCUUUUUGAGGGGCUUAUUUUUGGAGGGGCUUAUAUUCGGAGGGGCUUAUCUACGGAGGGAAAUUUGCGUUUCAAAAUCGAUUGGGCUACCCUUACAGUUGGCAGGAAAUUUGCCGUUUUUGCUAAGUUUUACUUUGUAUUUGAGGGCAAUUUUCCAAGUACAAGCCCCCGGGGGGCUUAUAUUUGGAGGGGCGAUUUAACGGAGGGUUUUUUGCGUUACCGGUUUGGGGGGCUUAUACAUGGAGGAGCUUAUUUUCGGAAUUUCACGGUACUUAGUUCCUUUGAUCUCUUUUCUAUUUAAAGGCGAGAGUGACACUGUACGAAGGUGGUAUAAACAAGAAAGACUUGUUAUUUAACGCAGCUGGGACGGAUAAGCUGAAUUGGUUCUCAUUCAACAAAAUGACCUCUUCCUCUUGGUCUGACAUCUCAUCGGAACCCAGAAACUACUUUACAAUUCAGGGUGAUUGUCACACUGACGAUGGGCUAUGUCGUAGUUUUUUCAUCAGCAGAAGCUACGAUGGUUGUGGAAGUGAUUUGGGAUGGCUUGCAGGGUCAACCUCAGGCAAAUGGUGUUCUUGGGAAAACAGUGCUACUCACAAAUUUAACGUCCUGUACAGCAAGCUGUCCACUUACACCAACUGGAACACAGCUGGUGAGUUUUUUUCUUGUAUAAAAAGACGAUAG